AUGGGAUCUCAGCUACCGCCACUGGCCGCCCUGUACCUGCUGGGGGUGCUGGCCACGUCCUGCCGACUGGGAGAGCUCAAGGGGAGCGAUGAUGCAGUUGGCCUGGUGGAGCUAAAUGCCUCCAACUCGAGGUGCCAGGGCCAGGUGAAAGUGCCCUACGACGGCGAGCAGCGCACAGUGAGCAGCCGGAGCUGGCGCCUGAGCCGGGGCCAGAACCGGGAUGACUGGGAGAAGUGGGCCUCGGAGCAAUGCCAGAGUCUGCAGUGUGGAGAUGCCGUGGCCCUUGGCUACUUGCCUAUCUUCAACCAUCUCCAGAGCCAUCCCCAGAUCUUCUGCCGAGGACAAGUGGGGUCUCUCUCCAACUGCACUGAGGAGACAGGCCCGCAGGACUCUCUGAGCCUGAUCUGCUUAGAGCCGAAGACGACACCUCCUCCCACGAGCCCCCCGCCCACAGCCCCUCCGGCGCCCACAGCUCCUCCCGUGCUGCAGCUGGUGCCAGGGCCCUGGGGCCUGCGGUGUGCCGGCGCGGUGGAGUUCUACAACGGCAGCCUGGCUGGCUUGGUGAGCUCUGAGGACCGGGGCAGGAUCCAGGGCCUGGAGGACCGCAUCUGUGCACAAGUCCAGUGUGGCUCCUUCGUGGAGCACCUCCCAGAGCCCGAGGCGCCGUGGGGACCUCACCCAGGGGCUAGCGGCUCCUUGCCCAUUCGGUGGAAGGUCGAGAACACCAGCUGUGGCCUGCUGGAGCCGUGCUUCUGGAAGGACCAGCACCGGGACGGCGGCCAGGCGCUCGCCCUCGUCUGCUCUGGUUUCCAGCCCAAGGUGCAGAGCCGCCUGGUGGGGGGCAGCGGCCCGUGUGCUGGCUCUGUGGAGGUUCGCCUGGCCAAGCAGUGGUUGCCCCUGUGCCACAAGACCCCGGUCAAGAGCAGAGCGAGGUGGGAGGAGGUGUGCCAGGAGCACCAGUGUGGCCAGUUCAUCUCCCACCAGGUGCUGGACCCCCGCGCGACCUCCAAGGGGCUCAGCUGUUCCCAGGAGAAUCUGUCCCAGUGCCACCAGCUUCAGGAGAAAACCUGCCAGAGGGUAUUUAUCACAUGCCAGGACCCCAACCCACCGGGCCUGGGCACCGGCUCCGUGAUGAGCAUCCUCCUGGCGCUGGUGCUCCUGGCAGUGCUGCUGGUCGUGUGCGGCCCUCUCGUCUACAAGAAACUGGUGAAGAAAUUUCAACAGAAGAAGCAGCGCCAGUGGAUCGGCCCCACAGAAAUGAGCCAGAACAUGUCUUUCCACCGCAACCACAUGGCCACCGUCCGCCGGUCCCAGGCGGAGAACCCCACGGCCUCCCACGUGGAGAACGAAUACAGCCAGCCCCCCAGGAACUCCCGCGCCUCGGCCUACCCAGCCUUGGAGGGCGCCCCGCAUCGGGUCUCCACCCCGCUGGAUAACUCCUCCGACAGCGACUACGAUCUGCACAUGACGCUGAGGCUGUAGAAGAACUGGGAACAGGAACGAAACACCCAAGGGCCCCACCUUUGGUCCCAGCACGCGGCCCUCCACGCUGGAAACGGGGUCU